AUGAACGUUCAAAUCGCUGUCAAUCUCAGUCCUCAAAUUACUUUCUUGCAAGGAUAUCUACUACGUUUCAAGGGAAAUGAUUUGUUGUAUACGAGGGUUGGUUGUCCUCGAGGAUUAUCGUCGAGCGACAUUUCUCGAUUUCCGUGCCACUUCUGCAAGGUCGGCUUCUACGCUGACAGAGUGGGGUCGACCAAGUGCAGUAAAUGUCCGAACGGAACGACGACGAAAGGUGAGCGUUCGUCAACGGUGACCGACUGCAACCUUUGCGUGUCGGAUUACUGUCUUCAUGGGAGAUGUCUGGUGGCGAGCAACAGUGUAACACAAGUUCCCGUAUGCACAUGUACUAUCGGUUUCACUGGUUCUCGUUGUCAUGACGCAACUUAUUAUUACAUUGGAACGGCAGUUAUUCUCGUUAUAGGUAUUGUUACUUUACUCGUUACUGUAUUAUGGCGCACUAGAAAAAGACGAAGGAAACGAGAAACGGCUUUCCGUCGUCAUAUACAAACAUUGAAUGAUGCGUGGCAGAUCAGUUGGCAAGAAAUAAGACUGCAGGACGAAAUAGGAGGAGGAGCAUCGGGAAGAGUGUGGAAAGCGCAAUAUCGUGAUAUGGACGUUGCUGUAAAAAUGCUGAUUGGAGACGAUGAUCCGCAAUCGUCGUUGGAAUUCGCUCAAGAAAUUAAAUUUAUGCAAACAAUGCGUCAUCCAAAUAUUGUACUUUUUAUCGGAGCGGGUACAACGAGUGCUCAAGCGCAACCGUUUCUCGUUCUCGAGUUUGCGCUUAGAGGUUCAUUACGUCACGUAUUAGGUGACGUCAGUAUUGAAAUAGAUGAAAAGCGUAAAAUAGCCUUUGCUCUAGACGGUUCGAAAGGAAUGGAAUUUCUUCAUAAAUUGGACCCACCGAGAAUUCAUCGAGAUGUGAAGAGUGACAACUUGUUAGUUAGUCGGAGUUGGAUUGUCAAAGUCGCUGAUUUUGGUCUUGGAAAGUCUCUUCGUUCUACACGCGAACACCAACACACAGACAGAUAUAUGCCGUUGAUUGACAAUAAUUCACAAAUAGAUUCAAUGUAUGGGAUGAGUGAACACUUGUCUAAAGAUGGUAUUGGGACAGUGAGAUGGAGGGCACCAGAGUUAUCACGACGAACAGCCUACGAUGGAUCCAUCGAUGUCUACAGUUUUGGAAUUGUUCUUUGGGAGAUUUGGUCACGUUGUUUUCCUUUCAAGCAAUAUCGGUUUGGGUACGAGGUCGAUGACGCCGUAGAAAGAGGCGAGCGCCCCGUCGUUCCAGACGAUUGCCCGGAUGAGUAUGCAACCAUUAUGCAAGCUUGCUGGGCAGAAAAUAUCCACGACCGACCGUCGUUCAGUGAAGUUGUCAGCUGUCUAGAGAACAUACAUCUGGACGAUGCAUGCUAGGGUAACUAAUCAAUCCGGUCCAUCCGGACUACAUGCUAAACUUACUCGUUGACGAAUAAAUAGCUUUGCUUUAUAUAAAGGUAGCAGAUAGCUACGUAGUAUGCUUUUCUUUUAUGUCUAUACUGUCUAACUCAGAAUGCCGU